UUAGUGAACGUCUCUUAAUAUUGUUAAAAAGCCUUGGUUUUAAGUUGCCUAUGUUCAGAGGAUAUACUGGAACUUAUGAUGCAGUUUAGUUCUAUAUUGUGUGUUCAUUGACAAAACGUUUCUACUCUUAAUAUUUGAAUAACUAUUUACGAUGCAUUCAAUGUACUAAUUAUGGUAAUAAUUAUGGAACUAUGUUCAACGUGAGUUAUGACGUCAUAUGGUACACAUGAAGCGUUUGAUGAUAUACCGGAUGUGACUUUUGUUUGCAACAACAGGACUCCAAACUCACUAAGAGCGACGUGCAUAGAAGAAAGCGAGCCGUUAAAUGAAAAUGGACGAGCCAACAUAAAGAUGCAGGAGUCGCCGUACGCAGACAAUCGGUGGGGCUCUGAGGAUGAUAUGCUUGAGUACGAGGACGGGCCUCUUUGCACUUGUGGUCCGUGUAAGAGGCGGCGCGCUCUGACGGGACCCGAGAAGGGCCUCAUCGUGCUGGCGCUCGUUGCUUUUGUCGUAAUUAUUGUGCUCGCUGCGCACAUGGGUUGGAAAGAUGAGGUCAAAGUACCGCCGAAAUGCGAGUCCCCUGGCUGCCUGUCUGCGGCUAGCUCCAUCCUGUCUGCCAUGGACCCGAGUGCCGACCCCUGCGAGGACUUCCACCAGUACGCAUGUGGUGGUUGGCUGCGGGAGACGCCCAUACCACCCGGGUACCCCAUGUGGGACCGCUUCCAGGAAAUAGCGUAUAAAAACUGGUUCAUGCUCAAAACAUUCAUCGAAACACACAAAAUGGAUGGAGGCGCGCAGAAGAAGGUGCGUGACUUUUACCGAAGUUGCAUGGACGAAAGUCAAGUGUCGCGUGCAGAAAUGCUCAGCGAAUUUCGAUCACUGCUCACCAACGUCACUAGUGGCGGCGGGGCAGGGGCGCUCCCCAGAGCAGGCACUACGCAUCAGAAAUGGGACAUGACUGGAACGCUACUGUCCAUACAUAAACUAAACACCUGGCCGCUAUUCCAACUUAUGAUUGGACCGGAUGAAAGAAACCCGAACGUCAAUAUCAUUAAGAUCGAGGCUGGUCACUCGCCGUUCCCGUACAAUAUAUUCAAACAGGAGGCCGAGAGGGCGCUCAAUGAACGCAGCUCAAACAACACAGACAGUAUCAACGGCACUGACCCCGACGCUACAUCACAACCUCAAGUAAAUGAAACCCGGAUCGAAAUGACAGACAACAAGACAGACUCCACAAACACUGAACACAACAUCGAUGCGACAGAAACUCCUGAACCUACAACAACGAAGAAACCACACAUUAAGGAUACGCAUCCACAUCCAACGGAGAAUGUAACCGAGCUGGUAAGAGACUACCUACGCGAGACGACAGAAUUGCUCCAGGCGCUCUGGGACCAGACCAAGGAACAAGCUGAAAAGGAGGCACAGAAUAUCCUAGAGCUGGAAAAACAACUCUCGCUGGCUCAUGAUAUAGAACUACAUAUCCACAACCUGACACAGGCAUAUAACGCCAUGGCUGUAAACGAUCUGCAAUCUAAAUGCACUAUGAUCAACUGGUCGUCCUACAUGAACAGCCUCCUGUCGGCCGGAAGUGAGGUGGUUCCUGUCGUUCACUCGGAAACGGAAGUGAUAGUCCUACACGAGAAGGCGCUCGAACAAGUCUGUGAUAUCGUGCACGAGUACACCAGCAACGACGAGAAAAAGAGCAUACUAGAGAGGUAUGUUUUACUGGGCCUAGCAAGGUCCAUGAAGCCCUUCUUUGACCUCACAACAUUCCAACCCGAUGUAAACCACGACGAAGAAAUGGAGGCUGAAGGUGAGCAUUGGCGUCGCUGUAUCUUUUACACCAACAAGGCGUUAGGACUCGCCACCGCUGCCGUAUAUGUUAACGCGACGACAAUCGACGCGUCUCUUGCUCAGAUUACAACCCUGGUAACCUAUGUGAAGAGGGCCUUCAAGGAAUACCUUCUGAGAAAGAUCUGGAUGGACGCAAAGACAAGGGGAAAUGCCGAGAAAAAGCUUGACGAGAUGAUUGAGAAAGUGAGCUACCCGUCUUUCAUCCUCAACAACACUUUCCUUUCCGAGUUCUACACCAAUUUUACUAUUGGCGAUAACUGGUUCAACAAUUUGCUCAACUGGAGAAGGAUUACUAUUACCAACAUGGUGAAUUCUCUGAGUAAACCGUUUGACAGACUUAAUAGCUGGAUCAACCCGCCAAUGACAGUAGAGUCGGACUACAGUCCUGUCAGGAACGAUAUCAUCUUUCCCAUUGCACUUUUCCACCUUCCCAUAUAUAGCCACGAGGGGCCCAGCGCAUUAAACUUUGGUGCGAUUGGAUCAAUAAUAGGUCACGAAAUAACACAUGCAUUUGAUAUUCAAGGUCGGCAGUACGACGGUCAAGGUCGUUUACGGGACUGGUGGGAUCCCGUGACUGCCGGGAUGUUCAACGAGACUACCCACUGUAUGAAGGAUCAGUAUGACCACUUUAAGAUAGGAAACAUGACGAUACACGGAGCUCAAACGUUGGAAGAAAAUAUAGCAGAUAAUGGUGGUUUACGAGCUGCUCAUAUAGCGUACGAGUUAUGGAUGCAGGAGCACGGUGAGGAGGAGACAAUUGCAGGACUGGACCUUGACGCCAGACAGUUGUUCUUCGUCUCAUACGCCCAACUGUACUGCUCAAAGUGGUCUAUGUCUGGAGUUACGGACUUCCUCAUGAGAGACGCACACAGUCCUGGUCCUUAUAGAAUCGAGGGUGCCUUAUCCAAUUCACUUGCAUUUCCUGAUGUGUUCAAGUGCUCAUACGUUGCAAAGUACAACCCGCCUAUCAAAUGCAGAGUUUGGUGAAGUACCGACUAGACUUGUAUGUACAUUCAUGAACCAUGCAAUGCAAAUCUACAAGGCACCAUCAAAAUACAUUCUGCUUAUGAUUAUGAUGGUCGAAUAAGUGUUUUGGGUACUAGAAUGUGACGAUGUAGGUGAACUAAAUCCAAAUUGUUUGCGGGCUGCGUCGGCAGGGCAGAUAGAUCUCACAUUAAAUAUCAAAUGGUAAACGGCGCCUUAUUGUUACGGCGUCUUCCUGAAGGAGAUACUACUUUCAUUAAUGGCUGCUUGAAAGUGUGUGGAAUGUUUACAUUUGUUUCUGAUGUUGGCUUUGAACAUAUCAGAUGAAACAGUCAUAGGUAUAUUUUAUUCUAGUGGACAGAUUUUGUUUAAAUGUACACUUAAACAGACAGUUGAAUUGCACUUAUUUCUUUAUUCUGUUACACAAUCAUUUUGCUUGCUCUGAUCAAUUUCAGAUAACUGCUAUUUAGCUUGGAAGUUGUUUUCCAUACAAAAUGUUGAGGACAUCUUUGAUCAUAUUGUUUAUACACGCUAACAGUUCAAAUAAUCAAAGCUAUGUAUAAGCUUGUUAAAUUAUAUCCAUUAUGUCCAUUUAAAGGCAUUUCUCUUUGACACUAAAAUAUAUUCAAGAUGUGUGGUUUAGGUGCCUUACCGGUGAAUGUAUGUCUGUUAAACAUUGAAUAGAGCAACGUAAAUGUUCACACCCUUAUAGCUAUACUUGUCAUAUAAAAUAGUAUAUGAUGCGCGCCCUUUUUAAGUACAUAUGUGAGUUUAAUAGUAUUUUGUUUUUAUAAUGGCGAAAGUCUUCUAUGCAUAUCAAGAUAAAUAAAUUGAAGAUGAAAAUGGGAUACCUAUUAUGUGAUUAUGUUAAAUAUCUCUGGCGUCACAAAGUCUUAAUACACUUCGUUCAUCAGGGUCCAUAUUUACUUUUAUAACAUAAAAGCAGCAAUGGUUAAAAUUGCUGCAUGAUUUUAAAGUAACAUAUUUUACAAUAAUUGGUAUCAAAAUUAGUUAUAUUAAGGAAACUUUGUAACAUUUUAGACAUCACUUUACUGAGUCAUAGUCUCAAUUUCAGACUCAAUAUGUUAGCAAAUAUGGGCCCGAUUGAUGAAUAUCAGAAGCUAUUUGUUAAAGUGUUUUAUCAAAUGUUUUGUAUUUCUUACUUAUUUGUUUGUUUGUCACAUUCGCUUUAUAAUGUUAAGCUGGUCGUAUGCAUUUUAAAUUGCUUUUCAAAUUAACAAUAAAUACAUAACAUGCUCAA